AUGAGAGCAGACUUAAUAACCAUUUUAUUUAUAUCCUGCUUUCUGGGAACUGGUUUCACUAGUCUAAGACGCUCGAAGGGAACCAUUCUAGAUUUGGAUGGCUACUUCGAAUCACAUGAUUUUGAUUCACAAGAGCGAGUAGUUGGUGGUGCCGCAGUACCUGAAGGCGAGUACAUUCCUUAUCAGGUAUCCAUGCAAUAUAGGACACGAAGUGGCAAAGAUAGACACUUCUGUGGCGGGUCCAUAAUUGCUGCCAAUCGCAUUCUAACGGCAGCUCAUUGUGUCAAUGGUCAGGAUGCAAAGCGAAUCUCAGUUGUGGCAGGAAUACGUGAUCUUAAUGAUAGCUCUGGAAUUCGAUCACAGGUGUUGUCCUACGAAAUCCAUGAGAACUAUGAGGAGUUGGUUACUAGUGAUAUAGCCAUCUUAAAAAUCGAACCACCAUUUGAGUUGGAUAGCGCCAAAGUAAAACAGGUGGAUGUGAGUGGAAGUGACAAAGUCGAUGGUGGUCAGGCUGUAACUCUCUCUGGAUGGGGUGCUAUGUGGCAUGUGGGCCAAGGUCCAUUGGCCAUAUACCCGACAUUGCUGCAACGGAUGUCCUAUAAAACAAUCACCAACGAGCAAUGCAAAAAAGUUAUGACACAGUUGACGGAUACGGAGAUCUGCGCCUUGGAGCGCUUCGGCAAAGGAGCUUGCAAUGGUGAUUCCGGAGGUCCCCUUGUAAUGGAUAAUGGUGGAAGCUUGAAACAGGUUGGAGUCGUUUCCUAUGGCACUGCAUUAUGUGCGUCCAAUAGUCCCGAUGUUUACACCCGCGUAUCCAUGUUCGACGGCUGGGUCAAAGCACGCUUAUCUUAA